CGCCCAAAAAGCGAACAAUGCGAACAAUACUCUUGCCAUAACAACCCUGGAACACAAAGUUGAGGAGCAAGUGUGGAAGAAACCAUUUGUGCAGGCAGCGAGCGAGGAGGAGCGGCAGCCCACCCCACCCUGCCUCCCCCCUCCAUCCCUCCCUCCCUGCGUGUGUCUCGGGGAGCCCAUGCAGUCCGAGGCAGCCAGCAACCGGCGCGUCCUCCCCGCCUACCAAUCGGCAUGCUCGGCUCGGGCUCCGCGCUCUGUGAGCAAGUCGAACCGCAGCGAGCGGCCACGCACGCACGCACGCAAGCAUCUCGCCAGUGAUGGCCUCUGCUGAUCAGUACAGCGCAUAAGGCAAACCCCCACCUUUGCCCCCUGUACGUGCGCCGCCAUGUACAGCGUGGAGGACCUGCUCAUCUCACACGGAUACAAGCUGCCCAGGAGUGGCCCGCCGUCGGCCACUCCUUAUGACAAGCGGCCCGCCGACUGCCAACGUGAGCUCCUGCUGGACAACCGGGCGGGCCGGGCAGCGGCGGCGCUCAACGGCUAUGAGACGGAGCGCGGCGGGGCCUCGGCGGGCAGCAGCGGCUUGUACGGAAGCAGGCCGGCGCCCCUCAAGGGUUACAUGGACAAUGAGGCUGAAAGGAGGAGGAAGGAGGCCUUCAUCGGUAUCCUAGGUGACGCUCAACCCUUGAGUGAUUCUUUGGCUACAGACAGCGGUUUCUACGACGUCCCGAGUUUGACUUACUCCGAGCUGCUAAGCCACGACGACAGAGAUAUUUCGUACUGGCGGAGGCGAGGCCAAGAUUUCAGCAUUCUCCUGGACUAUGCCGAUGGUAGGGAGCUAAGAGCCUCUGCGGGAGCAUGGAGACCACAGGCCCUCAUAGCGGCCGAGGAACUCAGGGCAGAGAGGCAAGCGCAGCAGCUGUGGGAGGAGAUUUCCUGGCUGAGGGACCAAGAUGCACCUGGUCAGUUGAGGGUGACUGGGGAGCGGAAGUGUCAAAGCCUCGGUACCGAGGAGUGGAGGCCCGCAGUGGGGCUGGGCAGGCAGCUGUCGGACGGGGAUGGGGAAAGGUGGGCUUUGGAGCAGUAUCGCCUGAGGACACCUGAAGGUUUUUUUCACCCAAGAACAAAAGCCAAGUCUCAGUCUCUCCCAAGAGUUUUGUCACCUGAUGGAACAAACUGCAGAGAGCUAAUACCAUCCAGACCAAGCCUACCAGACAGACCGCCAAGGCUAAGCAGCACUCUUUUCUCUGGGCCCUAUAGUCGGUAUAUCUAUAGCGGAGCUAUUGGCAGGGACCGGUGGGGCAGGAAUUCCGGGCCAAGCAGCCACGUUGCACUUUUACCAAAGCCCAGGUUCAGCAGGCCUUCAAAGCCGCCAUCAUAUGAGAUUCACCAGCAGAUUAGGGGUAGUGCAGAAAUGCUUGCUAUAGACCACGGUCUCAAGCUAAAAGACAGGCCUAUCUUUUAUUCAAGGGAUGGGGAGCUGCGUCAUGACUAUUUUGCACAACACUCACUCCCUGGAAUGGAGCCCCCGGGCUACAUUCCUCCUCCGUCUUAUAAAAGAGCACCACCCCCAAGAGCCGUGUCAAUCAAUCGUAACGAAAUGCUAAACCUGCGGUGGAGGUCAGAAUCCCUGCAGCCCAGCUCAGACCCCGGGAGGUGGCUAACGAGGCACACGGGUGAUUCGUGGCUGGAACACUAUGGAGAUCGUGUGGCAUCCUAUCGAAAACAGAUACCCUCUGGACACAAAGAGCAACAGAGUCAAGCUCGUCAAGUACCAGCUGAAGAUGCAAGAAUGAAUCAAAUCUCAGGAGGGCCCAGCAGAAAUUCUCUCACCGACUCAGACAAGAUCCGAAACAUCAACAAAGAGAAUCCAUCCGUUAAGAAUUUAGGACAAUCUACAAGUGAUAGUGCCUUUCCUCCCCAACAGGGACAAUCCCUCAACACUGGUCGCAAGGCGACUCUUACUGAAAAUGACAGCAGUACUCGAUGGAGUAACAGGGGAUUGAACAAAAAAAGUGACAGUGUAGGUCCUGAACAAAAUCGUAGUCAAUUUUUCCCUUCAUCUAUUCUCGGUAAACCACCACCACCCCCAUGCAAGCCGCCUGACCAGGUUGUCACUGAAACUGUGGCAGAAGUAAAGAAAGUUGAACAGCCCGAUCCACCGGAGAAGGAUAAAUCCAAGAAUCUCAAAAAGAGACUUAGUGAAACCAUCUUUUGUUUGGUUUCUGUUCCGGUCACCCCACAGCUCACUGGUACAAUCCGUGAUCAGAACAACAAUAAUGAGAAGUCACCAGACCCAGCCGACAGUCCCAGCGAAAACAAAACGGGCCAUUUAACUAACCAAAGUCUCCAAAGCACGUCUUCAGCCGAGGCCGAGCUGCAAGCGCUAACAGGUAGCAUAGCGAGCAGCAAGACGAGCAGCCGAGCGAGCAGUAAAAUGUUCAAGAAGUUGCCCUGUAGACCCCCUAAAAUAAACCAUUACAAGGAGCUGAAGUUGUCAGGAUCUUGGCCCGCAAACCAGUACCGUGACCAGGAGACACAAACUAGCCCAGAGGCCGAAAAAACUGGCCCUGAAAACAAGGAAGCACAAGAAGACCCCAUCCCUGCUGCCACUGAAGCCCCUGCAGAUGGUGGCAGUGUAGCAGGCACCACCUUCACGUUCCCUAUCAAGGGAGUGAAGAGUCUAAAACUUUCGAGCAACAGCGCCUUCUCCCUGACCACCACUUUCUCCAACCAGCUGAACAAGAGCACAGCUCAGCAGCCAGCAGUUCCACCCUCAGGAAAUGUGGAGAGCAAACCAGCAGCUAGCAGCGGCCAGGAGGUGUUUAAGGUUCCCGAGUUCCUGCUGAAACCUAUUGUCAGCCAGCGACCGUGGGAUGCUGUCAAAGAGCUGGAGGCAAUCCAAAAAGAAGUCCAGGAUCAACAGCAGCAGCAACAGAGCAGCAAACAGCCCAGCGUUGACAAGUGUAUCGAGGACCUCAACGAGGCCUACAAAGACAUCUUGGAGCUUGGCGCUGCCAGCAAUAAGGUCCCCGACGGGUCAGUUGAAAUCCCUGAGCGUAUCAAAAUCCGUCUGACGUCCCAGCCUCUCAACAAACCCAGCAGCCUUAGGCGCAGUGCGGUCAGCUGGUCCGUUGAUCCGGAGUACAGGGAAGUCAAGAGCGCCUUCUCCAGGCCUGCCACAAAGUCGGUCACGUUCAGCAAGCAGCUGAGGGAGGAACUCCCUGUGCCCCCUCGGGAAUCGGGUUUUCGAGAAUACAGGGUUGUUCCACAUCUUCCUCGUAGACGUAGCAACGACGGCAGGACUGUGAAACUGGACCUGCCCGAUGAACCCAUCGAGACACCGCUUUGUGACUUCAGCCCGAUGACCAACAGCACGACAGCAGAAGUGCCGUGGGCAGACCGACAGCCCAUGCAGGACGCAUCCACGCUCACAAGUCCUCCCGACUAUGAGGACAUAUGCCAGACUUUGCGUCACUCUCGGGAUUCAAGCAAUCCUAAUGACCCGGCAACUCCUCAGGAUCUCGAUUCAGAGGAGGAGUGUCCUAUUUGCAAAAGGGAGCUGGAGAACCAGUUGAGACAGGGCCCACUACCUCCUCUCCACGAGGAGAACAGCUCAGAUAGCUCCGUCAAUCCAAACGGAAGUCCGCCGCAGCGCGCUGCAGACGAAAGCCCGGUUGAGGAUGCAAGGAAUCAGGAACCGCAGAACUCGAGUCUCUACCAGACGGGGUCCGAUAUGAGUGCUGAUGCAGCGAAGAAGGAUUCAUCAACACAAGACAAUUUGGGCGAUACUGACGAAACAGUCGAUGGUUCCACAGAUGUGCAUGCACGCUCAGAUGAACUACGUAAAACUGAGUUGGCGGAGUCAGCACAGAAAGAAGCCAACGAGGGAGAAAUGGCAGAAUGUAUUGCGGCUGACACUGAACGAGAGGGACAAACUGAAGCAACGUCGGACAACAAGCAGGAGCAAGAGAGGAAGCCAUUUGCUCUCGCGGAACAUAGACUUGUCCUAUGGACACACCCGGGGCGAGACCACCCCGGGUUGCCAGAGUUUCCGCCUGAGAGACUGCCACUUUCAGUCGUGCCAAAGCUCGACCGCAGGCUGUCCCUCACCUUGGAAGGGGAGCAGCAGAUUGGCACCCCCCCUAAUAGAAUUGAAGCUCUGCAGAAUAAGCUAGCCGUCUCUCCUAGCCGGGUGGCUGUGGAGCGCCUGGGCAAGAUGCGGGAGGUGGACGUGAUGUAUCGCAUGAGACGCCUCAGCAUCAGGAGCACCGACUCUGGAGAGGGGGAUGGGGAGGGCAAGGACUCCCAAGAUUCCCCAAACGCUUCUCAGACAGGCAGGGAGAACAAAGACAAAGAGGUGUCUGGAUCCCGCCAGGUCUUGGAAGAAAUUGCGAAGCACGGUGACAGGUCUACUUUCAGAACGCUGUGACAGCCCGAGAGAGCGGCGACGGUGUCGAAAAAGACAACGUCCAUCGUGUCCCCAUCUCGAGAUUUUAGCGCUCCACACAACACUGUGAACUGGCUGCCUAACUUAGAAUGCCUUCAUCUUCAUCUCUUGACACUGAAAUGGCCUUCUUGUCCGACGAGAGCAUUGUGUACACACCCUCACCCUCGGUUUGACUUCUAAGAGUGCUGUUCCACUGCCAAAAGGGAGGUGCCCCCCAACCCUGUCCGAUCCAGUCUACACACAAUUACAGACUCCUUCACUCCCUCAGUCUUCUCCCGAUGCUUUUCUCAUUGGCAGACAUUAUGCAACUCAUCCUUGCAAACGACAACGGCGAAUACACUCGAGAAUCUGUGCAUUAUGAAUGUAAGCAUUAAUUUGAGGGUUUUGCUAUUAUUUGCUGUACCAAAAUAAAGUCGCGACUGCGGCGGUGGCGGCACCGCUCGUCGUGACCGAGUUUGGCUCGAGAACUGUUUUUGAUUUCCCGACAUCGCUCGGCCUUUCUUUAACUCGGCGACAUUGUGCCCUUUCCUCCGCACCACCACCCCUCUCCCCCCAGUUGCUAAGCUAAUCACGUGAUCGCCCGCUCAGUUCACGGCGCGCCGGUUGCCUUGCUUUCAGGUGAAGUCCGACCAGAUCCGUGCUGCUCCCGCCGCGUAGGUCCCUUCAGGAAGCAAUAAAGGUUGACAGCAACUCUAUCACAACAUGGAUAAAUAGAUAGAACAGAACACACUUAAAAAAGGAAACAAGAUAGAGCAAUGUUGUUGUAUAAAUAAGAUGAGCGGUGUCGUGGAGCUACUACCUGUCGGAAGCGUCGUCUUUAAUGUGUUGUUACAGGGACAUGGUGUCAGGGUAUUUGGGCUGCUGCUUUACGUCAUCAUAUAGAUCUAUGUACAGUGCUUGAGACAUUUAUUAGACCACCGCCACAUGUGUGAUGACAGUUGGGGAGUUGACGACUUAUUAGAUUUUCAUGUUUUAUGGCAAGUCAUUAAAAUUUACUUUCACGCGCCACCAACACAGUUCUGAAAAAUCUAAUUGUUCGACAUUUAGUAUCUUUUGUGUAGUAAACGGUUCAAAUUUGGUACCAACUGGACAUUGCUUGGACAAGUUUGUUUUUAAAGGAACCCUGGAAAUACCAUACAUGCCCCUAAAUUGGUGGCUUCAAAUACAAUUUUCCAACUUCCUGUGUCUUUUUACUCAUAGCUUUUAGAUACUUUUUUUGAGAGUCUACUCAUGGGAGGUUGCAAUUACGUUUCAUGUAGCUAAGGAGAACUGGCUUUGGGGACUGAUUUAUAAAAAAAAUAGCCCAGAGGCUGCUACGAAAUCUAAAUUUUCACUAAAAUGGCCACUUCAAACCAAAAUGGCAGACAUCCUGUGUCUUUUAGGCAUGGCUUCUUCAGACUUCCUUGUGGGUUCACUCAUGAUAGACAUUGCUUCUAAUUGUCAUCUAGCUAGUGGAAACUGGCUGUGUGGGCUGAUUUGUUUAAAAAAAAAAAAAAAACUUUUUUUUUUUUUUUAUAAAAGUCCAGGGGCUUCUUGCUAACGAAUGUAAAUUUUCACUAAAAAGGCCACUUCAAACAAAAACGGCACGCUUGUGUAUUUUCAGGCAUGGCUUCUUAAGACUUUUUCGUGGGUCUACUCACGUUCGACAUUGGUAUUAAAUUCCAUGUUGCUAAGGAAAACAGACUUCGAGGGCUGACUUUUAAAAAUUAGUCCAAGGGUUGGUACUAAAUGUAAAUCUUCCCCAAAAUGACACAGAAAUGGCCACUUCAAACCAAAAUGGCAGACUUCCUGUCUUUUCAGGCAUGGCUUCUUAGACUUUUUUGUGGGUCUACUCAUACUACACUUUGCUAUUCAAUUUCAUGUAGCUAUGGGAAACUGGCUUCAGCAGCUGAAUUUUCAAAAUAUUCUUGGGAAACAGGUCAUGACCAAUAUUGUUAAUUUGGUGGUGGUCUAAUACGUUUGUUAAGCAUUGUACGUUCAUACAUUUCACUGAAUACUGUAUUUAUUUUUCCUGUCAUCGCCUUGUUAAUAUGUUGGCAUAAUGUAAAAAAAAAAAAAAGUAUAUGUAUAUAAAUAUAAAGUAUAUUUUAAAUA